CCCACAAGAAGAUUAGAUUAACUAUUUUAAUUUUAAAAUGUCUUAUUUCAGAGGGCCCUAUUCUGAAAGCUGUGAGGGUAAUCUCGUUGGUGGUAAAGCAAAGAACCUCUGGCUCCUGGGCAAGAAAGUUACAGCUGCACCAGUACCACCCUGGUUUGUACUGACCACAGAAGCUUUCACAUCUUUUCUUCUUGAGAAUGAUCUCACUGAAGCAUCUUUAACCAUCACCCCCAACUCACUCAAAGAAAGCACCCAAACUAUACAGGAGCAGAUAAUGAAAGGGAAAUGGCCUCAGGACUUACUCGAGACUUUAAAUGAGAAGCUGUCCUCUCCUCCAUUUGAUGAACACGGGCUGUUUUUCGCUGUUCGCUCCAGCGGAACUGAUGAAGACUCAGCAGCUCAUUCAUUUGCUGGUCAGUUUGAAAGCUAUCUCUAUCAGAGAGGCUUUGAUCAAAUAUCCAACGCAAUAAAGUCCUGCUGGUCGUCUUGUUAUUCCGAGCGUGUCAUGUCACAUAGACUAGAGUGCGGGAUGAACACCACUGGAGUUAAAAUGGCCGUCAUAGUACAGGUUAUGGUUAAUUCAGAUGUUAGUGGUGUCGCUUUCUCUCGUCAUCCCUUGAAACCAAUCUCUUCUAAUGCAGUAUACAUUGAAUCAGUUUACGGUCUGGGAGAAGGGCUAGUCAGUGGAGAAUUUGAUGCAGACCAAUAUGAAGUUAGUCGUAAAGAUCUUACCAUCUCCCAGUGUACUGUAGCAGAGAAACCAGAGCAGCUAGUGCAGAAUAUGAAAGAAGGAGGGCUAGUGAAGGAGAAGGUCGAAGAGAAUAAAGUGAAGGCAAGGUCACUGAGCGAUGACGAGGCUAAGAAGAUUGCACAGCUAAUGAUACAGCUGGAAGAUGACGUGGGGAAGCCUCAAGACUUUGAAUGGGGGAUUGAAAAAGGUCAAUUGUACUGUCUUCAGGCAAGGCCUAUAGUGACUUUGCCUCCAACUUGUUUCUUUGAUAAGUCGGCCAUUGGAAGUCAAGCUGUUCUUUGGGAUAACUCCAAUAUUGUUGAAAGCUACAGUGGAGUCACUUCCCCACUCACCUUCUCUUUUGCUUCGCGUGCUUAUGAACAGGUGUACAGACUAACCAUGCUGGCUUCUGGUGUACCUCAAAAUGUUGUGACUGACUAUGAGCCUUACCUCACCAAUCUACUGGGACUGGUCCGUGGUAAUAUCUACUAUAAUCUAACCAACUGGUAUCGCUGCAUCACCUGCAUACCAAUGAUAGACAAUGCAAAGUACAUGGAUACUAUGAUGGGUGUUAAACAAUCAGUAGAUCCAGAGCUUGAUAGAGUCCUGGGUGUCAUUAAUAGUUCUGCUCCUAAAUACUCGCUCUGGACCAAACUAUCUCUAAUGCUGGCUCUCAUUAAAAGAGUGUAUUUUAUUGACAGCUACGUGGAUGAGUUCUUCACCAUGUUUAAUAAAUAUUACUCUGAGGCUUUGGCGACAGAUUUUGAAGAGCUUUCUCUCCAGGAGCAAAUAAAAUAUGUCAAGCACCUUUAUAAGGAAGUUCUGGGCAGAUGGACGGUCCCUAUUUAUAAUGAUACGUAUGUGAUGAUUUUCUUUGGAAUAUUAAAGAAACUAGUAGGACAAUAUCUCACUACUGACGCCAAUGAGGCGCAAUCAUUGCAGAAUGAUCUCCUUUGUGGACAAGGUGAUGUUGAGAGCACAGAGCCCACCAAGAUGCUGAUGAGGAUUGCAGAACACAUUGAUACUGAUGGACAGACUGAGCUGAAGGAGUGGUUUGUGAACAAUAGGGAGGAGGUGUUGAGCAUGCUGGCCGAUGAGAGAGACAAGAAGGCAUCAAGCAAAUCAAGCUCAUCUCAAGCAUCAAGCAGUUUACACUCUGAAGGUCUGAGACAGAGGAAGGUUGGAAAACCUGAUCCGGGAUCACAAACUAGUCCAACCAGUUUGACUCCAAUUGAACAAGCAAAAUUGUCAGUGAUUCAUUCGAUAAUGACAUUCCUUGAUAAGUAUGGGUUCAGAUGCAUCAAUGAGUUGAAACUAGAAGAAAACACACUUCAUGAUGACCCAGGUUUUGUUUUUGAUGCUAUAUCUGGUUAUAUUCAUACUAAGGCGUACAGUGUUGGUGAUAUGGAGGAGAGGGAGCUCGGGAUUAGAAAAGCAGCUGAAACGGUCGUCUCACAGCGUCUGUCCUUCCCCAAGAAACUCCUUUUCAAUUGGAUACUUUUUCACUCGCGUAGAGGAGUGAGACACAGGGAAAACAUGAGAUUUGCCCGCACGAAACUUUUCGGGAUUUUUAGGAACCUUUUCCGUGCCAUUGGAACCAACUUUGUCAAACUAGGCCUGUUAGAAGACAGACAGGAUGUGUUUUAUCUGACCGUUGAUGAGUUGUAUACAUUUGUUGACGGCCGAGCUGUUACUAAUAAUAUAUCUGAGCUGGUGGAUUUGAGAAAGAGAGAGUUUGAGGGUUAUAAUAAAGGCCUGGCUCCGCCCGAGAGGUUCUUGUCCAAAGGAGCCUGUGGGGUCCAUUUCCUCUUCCCUCAAAUCCUUGAUGACUUGGAUUUAUUAAAAGAACAAGAAGCUGAAGCUGCUUCUGAUCCAAAUAAGUUAAAAGGGACUCCUUGUUGCCCAGGGGUUGUCACUGGAGUUGUAAGAGUUGCUAAAACUAUUAAAGAGACACAGAACCUUAAAGGGGAGAUAUUGAUAACAGCUCGUACCGAUCCAGGCUGGGUCCCUCUCUAUCCAAUGUGUUCCGGACUAGUCAUUGAAAGGGGAAGUCUUUUGUCACAUUCAGCUGUGGUUGCAAGGGAAUUAGGACUGCCUACUAUAGUUGGUGUAUCAGGAGGGCUAAUGAAGAGAUUGAAGACUGGAAUGCGUGUUCAUAUUGAUGCUGGAAAAGGAGUCCUUACAAUACUAAAUGACGAUGAAGAACAGUGAUUUUAACUUUUUCAUAAUCAUUAUCAAAAACUUUGUUAUUAAGAAUACAUGCUCUUGUAUUCUUGUCAUAAUUAAUUUUAAGAAGGUACAAUGUAGUUUUAAUCCUUUUCAUAGCUCAAA